CAGUAGAAUAUUUCUUCCUUGAACCAUGCAUCAUAAAUUCAUUUAACCUUUUCAAUCGGUAAAAUACCGCUUGACUUCUUUUAUCAUAUUUACAGCAAAUAUUGAAUGACGAUAAAUAAGAAAUUAUAAAUGUAGCGAUUGUUACACGAAGCGAUUUCCACUUGUUCUACAAACAGUUUUAUACCGCACGGGACCCAGAAGGAGGGGUGUAAUUAUGCGCACAUUUUCAAUUUUACUUCUCAGAUCGAUUUCUCGAGGCAUGUGCAAUAAGGAAAAUGAACAGUUACCACACGUUUGGGUUUAGGCAGGGCUAAGGAGAGAACGUAAACGAUAAAAUUAGCCCAGUUUGGGUAAAUUAAUCUUAUCGAGUUAAACGGUAUCGAUUCGUUUGGUGACAGGCUAUCGCUGGCGAACGAAGAAUUGAUAAAACACAAAUAGUGGGACCCAGAGUGCUGAGACAACGGUGCAUGGCCCUGUGAAAAAUAAAAGAGGCUUCGUCUAAAACUUUUCUGAUCAAAAUAACUUGAUCAAAAUUACGGAUUUACAUAUACUUUACGUUUUUCAGGAAUUUUAAAAAAUCAUGAAGGGAAUAAUAACGUUUGUUUUAUUUUACUACAUAAAAACUAUUGUUGCACAAGAUUCUUGUCAACAAUUUCCUAUUCUGGAUAAUAUUUACUUCGACGAAACAUCAGCUGAAGGUUCCAUUAUUUUUGUAUCAAAUGAAACCAGCUCAAGUAAGCAGGACUGGAUCAUGUCUACCAAUACUCGUGUUGAACUGACGUUUGUGAACCAGACUUACCAAAUCACAUUGCUUUCAGCAGUAGAUUUGGACGUGGCUAAUCCGACUGACAAUUGCAUUUCUGGGUUAGAACAAUUUCAACAAGCAAUAACGUGUGAUAGAGGUGGUGGCCUAGAACCGGUUACCAAACCACUGACAUUUCACGUACUUCCUGUAAACGAGUACCCUCCCGAAGUGGUUGCAGUUCCUGAUAUUCUGAUAACUGAGGGAAACGUGACUUUGCCAUACUUUCUAGCGGCUCUUCUUGAUUACUACAAGGACCGGGAUUGUCCUAAAGAACACCUGGUGCUCAGCAUUACGAAAUACACAAGUAGUGAGACAGAUGCCAGUGAAUAUUUCAUGGUAAACAGUUCUACAGGAUACCUCUAUCAAGGCAAACGCUUUGAUUACGAGGAUACAACCAUACAGUGUGGUUUGGGAAAAGGUGGAGGGUUUCUUAACAUUAGUGCAGAGGACGGACCCCACAAUAUAUCAAAGUCCCUUAGUGUGACAUAUGUUGACGUCGAUGAUACUCCGCCGGUGUUUGUCAACAGUCAGUGCACUUCGACGUGUUUUACAUGCCCAAUAUCAGCUAUAAACGCAGACGUUCACUAUGCUGAUCAGGGUACCGUGGUCACUGAUCCACCGAGCAUCAAGGCGCUGGAUCCUGAUACCGACCCCACAAAUAUUACAUACAACAUGGAGGUAUAUCCUGUGAAAUACACAGACAACAUCCAGUUUGACAACGGAACAUUCGUCCUUCUACAGUCCUUUGCGAAUUUCUCCGGGGAUGCGGAGGAAUCGGACUUCACUGUCACAGUGACCAUGCAGGCAACAGGCAGUAAUGGUCAGAUGUCGGAUAAUUUUACUUUAUCAAUCAACGUAAAUGUCCCUCCUACCACCACCACAACGACAACAACAACGACGACGACGACGACGACAACAACAACAACGCCGAGCACAACAACACAGGAAGUGACGACAUCAACAACAGCGCCACCAACGACCACCACCCCGGCCCCGGAGAGAGACGCUAGCUCUGACUCGAGCGAUGACAACAAAAUAUUGAUCAUUGUUCUAGCAGUCAUAGGGGGCGUGGUAGUCCUCAUCCUAAUUGUCGUCGUCUACAAAGUCAGGAACAAACAGCCGCAGCAAAAGUACAACUUGAAGGAUACGAAAGAGUUCAACGGUACGGCAGCAAAUGGCGGCGCGCCGGAGAAGGAAAUGACGGCUGAUAACCCCGUGUAUGACGGCGAUAAGGACGGCGUGUGAGCAGACAGCAAGUGGGUUCACGUGUCAUGAUGCCGAGUCACGUGUCAUGAUGUCGUUAAUCUGUGUGUAUGGAGUGUGUUUUGAGUGAUAUAGUUGAGCAGGUGCUUCUGUGUUAGAAACAACACUGGGUUUAAACAUCAAUCAAAAUUCAAUAUUUGAUAUUUUUUGCAAUAUAUAAACGUGUAUGCAAUCUUUGUGUAUUUCAUCAAUAGACAGAAUUUUCAUGUGCCAUAUAUGUCAAAGUUCGAUAACUUAUGAUCAUUACCAGUAGUUUGUCUAGUAAGUCGCAUUUGACUGGGUGUGGUUCUGUGGUUUGCUUUGUACUAGCGAGGUAGAGUAAUGUGGUGGAUUGUAUCGGUUAUAAAUACACAAAGUAAAUAUAUGCAUUGCACAAAGAUCUUUGUAACUCCUUACAUAUAUAAUUAAGAAAUGAAAGAGUAAAUUUUAGUUAUUUAUGUUUUUGAGAAAAUUUUGUGAUUUAUUUCUGAAAGACAACAUUAAGAUAUCCAAAUGCUUGGUUGAUUUUAAAAAUAGGCCUUUGAAAACAACGGCAAUGGAACUCGGGAGUCAGAGACUUUACAUGUCACGAUAAAUGUGAAAGUCAAAGACGGACGUUCUCCAGCAACAUCUGAUUUUCCGGUGAUUGCUGUUGCUGUGACAUGCGCAGGGGUGCUUGU